CUUAGCCACCUGUUCUUCAUAGGAAAACUAAUUACUAACACUCAUGUUUCAUUAAAACUACGCGUGUGUUGAAUAACAGAAAAGAAUUUUAUUGUGUUUGCAUAUAUUUUAUUACAUUUAAAAGAACAAAUAAUAAUAAUAAUACUUUAAACAAUACUGUUAAUAUUUGCAAUUAGUGACGACAAUUGCAUGAACUCAUCAACAUGGAAAAGAAAAUUGUAUUUUCUAUUUUUCUACUAAGUUUACUAAUCAAUAAAGGGGAAAGUCUUCUGUGUUACAGAUGCAACAGUAAUCAUCCAGGGUGUGGCACUCCGUUAAAUUGGUUAUGGUACUGGGGAGAAUCUUGUCCGGAGUACGAUGACAAAUGUGUUAAAAUAAUUGAAAGAAAAGGGGCUGAGACCAUCAUUACAAGAGAAUGCUUGAGUUCAGUACGCAGUUUCAGAACAGAUAUACCAGCUGAUCGUUAUGAGGGAUGCCGUCCUGCUGCAAAAGAUGUUCGUCUAGGACAUUACGUUAACAAUAGUAUUUAUCAGCUAGAUAUCCAUAGAGAUUAUUAUGAUGAGGUAACAUGGUGUUUCUGUUAUUUUGAUAACCGAUGCAACAGUGCCACUAAUUUUAAUAUUUCUAUCUUUUUGUUAGUGGUUUCUAGUAUUAUAGGAUAUUUUGCAACAUAAUGUUAGGAAUCAAUCAUCAUAGAUUGUUCAAGUUGCAAGAUUUUUUUUCUAUUAAUUUUCAAAUAUCUAGAUCUGAACGCAUUUAUUUUGGCGAAUAUACAAUUAUUCGUUCAUGCUUUUAAAAUGAUUGUUUUUAUAAAACAAUGCAACUAAAGUGUUCUUAUGCGUGCCGUGCAGAAAAUAUUGUAUAGAUUUUUAUUGUCAAGCGUUAUGACGCUAAUAUACCAAUUUAAGAGUACAACAAAGUAAUCAUUAAAUAUUUAGUUAAAGACAUAUACAUCUUUAGAAAGAUUUAAAAUGUAAUAAUUACACAAGAAUGUAUUAACUCGAUUAAUCCGUCCAUAAAUUAGCAAUUAAUACUUAAAAUGUAUUAAUACUAUUGUAUUUAAAAAAAUGUUUUUUAUUAUUUUGAUUAGAAUGUUAUGUUAUUAACCCCUUGCAUUAUAACAACGUAUAAGAUUCAUGAUACGCUUUGUAGCCUAAAUACGAGAAACAAGAAUCCUACUCAUGGCAAAUCUUAUGGGUCAAACAUAAGAAGCACAAAAUGUAGCGAUAACUUUAGUAUGUAAUUCGACUUGUUAAAUUAUAGCGCAAGGGGUUAUAUUUAUCAUGAAAGUAAGAUAAAGUUUGAUAUUGUUAAUAACAACUAUAUAGAGCGGUAAUGUUACCAAGUGAAUUUUUAAAAGAAAAGAAAAUGUUUAAUAUCACAUGAAUUGAUCAUAAAAAUUAGUAUUACUUUUAUAUAAUGUUAGUGACUUUCCUGUAAGCUUAUACAUAUAUUUGUAUAUUUAAUAUACUUUGUAUAUUCAAUGUACAAUUAUCCGUCCAUAAAGAAAAUAUAUUUAUACUUUAUAUUUAUAACAAA